AUGACGGCCGGACUUUUAUAUGUAACAAUGCAGCCCAAGCCGGGUUUGCCUUCCUCGCAAUUCCACGACUGGUAUAACAACGAGCAUGGGCCGCUUCGACUACGAUUGCCCUUCUUUCCCAAUGGAUACCGCUAUCGUGCUAUCGAUUCCGAGCCCAACAGUCCCUUUGACGCAUCGAAACAUGAGUGGCUUGCGCUGUAUGAUAUCACCGACUCCGCCGAGUUCCUGCGCCCGCCCUACACCACCAUGCGCGAAGACACUGUCAAGACGGAGCGCGAGAAGGAAACCAUGGCGCAAAUCACAGUUGGGCGGCGCAUGUUUGAUCUGAUAAAGGAGUGGAAGGCCGACGACUACAAGCCAGUCGAGGACAUUGACCACGAUUCCAAGGGAUACGUCUUGGUCCCCGUGUGCUUUAAAGUCAAGCCUGGAACGGAAGGCAAGAUUGACAAGUGGUACGAUGAGGAACAUGUCAGCUUGCUGCAAAAGGUGCCCGGGUGGCGUCGAUCAAGGCGCUUUGUGACCUCCUCUGUCCUGAAUCCGUCCGCAGAAGAGAAGGAGUAUCUCGCUAUCCAUGAGUAUGCCAACUCCGCCGGCCAGAACAGCCCCGAGAUGAAGGCUGCUGUGUCGACAGAAAUGUCAAAGGAUAUAUACGCGAAUGUCGUGAUUGGUCGUGUGCGCCGUGUCUACGAAUGGUACUACACCUUUGGGCCUGCUCCUCGCGACCUCCAGUCCCUCUCAGAUCCCACUUACACCGCCAAAUUCUCCUCCAGGGACGGUCUGACACAGACAACCGCUUCGUCCUCUACCAAUCGAGCAGUGGUCGAGUCAUACAUUACUACCCCCGACGGCGUCCAGAUUCCAUACAAACUAGAAGGUAGCGGUGACCCCGAGGCGCCGCUCAUCGUCCUUGUGAACUCUAUCCUCACCGACUGGGGCAUAUGGGAUGAAUUCCUAGAUGCCUUCUUCGCCGACCCCAAAAACCAGAAAUUCCGCGUUGUGCGCUACCGAGCUCGCGGCCGUCUUGCUGAUCCUGGCGAUACGCCCAUCACAGUCGACCUUUUGAGCCAGGACGUCAUCACAAUUCUCGACGCCCUGCGCGUCCGCAAAGCCGCCGCGGUGAUUGGUGUCAGCCUGGGCGGCGCAACAACCCUCAACGCGGCGCUCAAAUACCCAUCUCGUGUUGAAAAUUUCAUCUCGUCUGACACCAACUCCCUUGCGCCCCCUAGCAAUCCAACUGCCUGGCAAGAGCGCAUUACCCUCUCGGAAACAGACCCCGAAUCCCCCACAGACACCAUGGGUGCUCGCGUCGUGGGCGAGAAACUCGCUGAAAUAACCACGCGACGCUGGUUUGUACCGGACAGCUACGACGGUGGAGUGAAACAGGCGCGCGCGGAGAAAGUCAAGCAAUACGUGUAUACUAAUCAUUUAGGAGGGUUUAAGAAAUGUGUCAAGGCCUUGUAUUCGUACGACUUGCGCGAGGCAAUGAAGACGGGCACUGUGAGAGGACUGUUUGUGGUGGGAGCUGGUGAUGGGGUCUUGCCCAAGGGAAUGCAGAAGAUGGCGGAGGAUUACGCUGUUGCUGGUACUGAGCUGGCCAUCAUUGAGGGUGCUGGACACUUGCCUAUGGCAGAGCAGCCGGAGAAGUUUGCAAAGGUUGUUGGGGAUUUCUUAUAG